GGCGAGGCAAUAAACGAGGCCAGCAAGUAUAAAUGGGAUAUUCGGGUAGCAGGCGAUAUCCAUUCAUUUCUCUCCAUUCCCCGUGAUACGCUCUUGAAAGGUUCUCUUCACCGCCGGGAAGGCGUAAGGAACGCCCGAUUGAUCAAACACCGCACCUCUGAAAGGGUUUCAAACAAUAGUUGCCAGGAUGGUUGAAAGCGACCUCGUCGUUGCGCUCCGCAACCUGGGCACAUGGUCUCUCUCAUCGCUCAUCAACAUCGUUAUCACGCUCGCCCUCGCUGUAGCAUUGGCCCACGUGGUCCCCUUCCUGAUCAAUUACUCUGCGAUCGGCGUGCCCGGGCCUCUGCUCGCUAAGUUCUCCGACAUCUGGCUCGUAUUGCAGGCAAAGAGUGGACACCGGUCCGAGAAUGUUCAUGUUCUGCACAAGAAAUAUGGAAAGUUUGUCCGCCUGGCACCCAAUCAUAUUUCCGUCGCCGAUCACGAAGCGCUCCAACCUGUAUAUGGCCACUCGACCGGAACCCUCAAGGCGCCAUUCUACAGCGCAUUUGUGCCGCCGCGCCCCUUUCCUCGCGGCCUCUUCAACACGCAAGAUCGUGCCGAGCAUUCGCGCAAGCGCAAGAUCGUCUCGCACACCUUUGCCCCUCGCUCGAUUGUCCAAUUUGAGCCCUUCAUCCGUCGCGAAGCACAUUUGCUCCUCGAGCGUUGGGACGAGCUUAGCGUCCAAGCGGAGGAGGAGGCAGCACAGGGACCGCGCGGCCUCAAGGGAUUCGCAUGGAUCGACGUUUUGGAGUGGAUGAACUUCUGGGCUUUUGAUACAAUCGGCACGCUCGCGUUUGGUGCGGCGUUCGGUAUGCUCGAAACGGGUAAAGACCGCGCGCGCGUCGAGUACGAGGAUCCAUCGACAGGCAAAAAGACGGUCGACGACUGCUCCGCGAUCAAGAUCAUCAACGAACGGGGCGAGUACAGCGGCACGAUGGGCUGCGCACCCGAAUGGAUCAGGCCCUACCUCGCCAAGCUGCCGUGGUUUGCGCAGCGUCUCAAGAGCGUCAAGGCGCUGACAGGUAUCGCGCUUGCGCGGGUCAACGACCGACUGUUGAACGGCAGUGAGAGGGAGGACCUUCUUGCUAUGCUCCAGGCCGCCAAGGAUGAGACGGGAGAGCCGAUGGGCAAGAUGGAGCUCACCGCCGAAGCAUUGACACAGCUCAUUGCGGGCAGCGACACGACUUCUAACACGUCGUGUGCAAUCCUCUACCACCUCAUCACGCACCCGCAGGCGCUCAAUAAGCUGCGCGCAGAGCUCGACAGUGCACUGAAGGAUGCGGAAGAGGUACCUCUGUACUCGGACGUGAAGGAGCUGCCGUACCUCAAUGCUGUGAUCAACGAGUCGCUGCGCUACCACUCCACCUCAGGAAUCGGCCUACCGCGGCUGAUCCCCGCGCCGGGAACGCACAUCUGCGGCAAGUACUUCCCCGCCGGUAGCGUUGUGUCGGUGCCAGCGUACACAAUCCACCGCGACCCGAAGGUGUUCGGCGCAGAUGCAGAGGAGUACAGCCCAGAUCGGUGGCUUGCGAAGGGCGCGGCGCAGCGAUUCGAAAAGUCGUUCAUUCCGUUCAGCAUCGGACCACGCGCGUGCGUCGGCCGCAAUGUGGCCCUUCAAGAGCUGGCGAUCAUCGUCGCCUCCCUCGUCAGGCGGUACGACUUUGAGCUGCGCGACCCGGGUAUGCACUUUGACACGGCCGAGGGAUUCCUGCGCAAGCCUCUCACUCUGCCUGCUGGUAUUAAGCGGAGGACGACGGCAAAGUGAGCGGCGUGCGUAACCUCCCAACACUCCGUUCCAUCCAUCAACAACGAUACAAGCAUUUCCCUCUCUCCCCGAGUUGCGCUGGCAAUGAACGCUGUUGGAGCGUCACUGUACCUCCGCAAUCUUAGAAAGAUCGAAUCUA